AUGCCUUCCAAGAUACCAUAUGUGAGCGCCAUUACCCCCGUCGCUAUCUUCGGGAUAUUUGAGAAAUAUGAUACGGACAAAAAUGGCCUUUCUCCAAACGAAAUCCUCAAGCUCUCUCAGGACAUGACCGAUACAAAAGAGGAAGCUAUGACUGGCUUCGCUAGGAUACUGGCUAUGGACAAAAAUGGAGACCAGAAGCUCACCUGCCAUGAGAUGCUUGGGGACUGGCUUAAUUGGGAGAAGGACAACGGGUGGCCUGAUGCCAAAUGGGUGGAAGAAUAG